AAGAUUAAUAGUUCAGAAUAUAAACCAUAAUUUUUUUUCUAUAAAUAUGGACGAGUCUUUUUGUGCUAACUAAAAAUCACAGUUCAAUCAAUUGAUGAAAUAGAUGAGUAGUAGCCUUUUGCCUAAUUUGAACCUCUCUCUUUCUCUCCUAAUCCUCUUCUUUAGCAGGUGCACAGCUUUGAAAUGGGGAAGAAGAAAAGCUGGUUCACUUAUGUGAAAAGACUCUUCAUUUCUGAAUCAAAACCAAAAUCAAAAAAGAAUUCGAGAUCACUAUUAUUGAAGGCGAUCAAAUUCAAAUCCUAUCCUGCAAUUGAAGCGACGGAGAGAACAACACUGAUCGACGCUGCAGCUGCGGGGGAGCAACAAAAACGCGCAAUCGCCGUCGCGGCUGCUGCAGCGGCGGCGGCGGAGGCUGCAAUUGCUGCUGCAGCCGCCGCGGCCGAGGUGGCACGGCUCGCCAAUUUCUCGCGGAGGAAAAACUGCAUGGCAGCCACGAAAAUCCAAAGUUGCUACAGAGGAUAUCUCGCUAGAAAAGCACUGAGCGCACUCAAAGGAGUAGUGAGGCUUCAAGCCGUGGUUCGAGGCGAGUUAGCACGACGAAAUCUUCAUCUGCAAAAAUCAAUAAUCGUCCCAAAUUCAAAGGCAACAACGCUUGGCACAACUAAGCUGGCGCAGUUGAAGCUGAGAAGCGCAAUCAAGCAAGCAAAAAAAGAGGCCUUUACACAAGGGAGGCGAUCGUUUAGCCACGCGAAACAGCAAUACUCAACAAGAGACGACGCUACAUUUUCGCAUAAUGCACACAGCUUCCGAGCUUACAUGGCUACAACGGAAUCUGCAAAGGCGAAGGCGAGAUCGUUGAGCACUCCGAAGCAACGUCGUCCGAGGUUUUCGGAAUCAUAUUCUUACCAAGAUCAUUCUCCCUCCAAGCUCAGCAUCUCUUCAUGGACUUCAUUUAGCAGUGAACAAAUCCCCAACCAACAUUGCCCUAUUUGCAAACGGAAUUAGGAUAUUUUAAUUAAUAUUUCUAAUGCAUUACAUUGAUCUUUAAAAAAAAUGGAGGAAGGGAUGCAAUGUAAAUUGAACGCCAUAUACCUCUCUAUGUCUAUUAAUACAAAGGAUUUUCACUACUUAAAUGUC